AUGUUUCAAAGUCUAAGGAGUCCUACUUCUAGAGGCUACAUACAAGCUUCCAGAAUAGUGCUAUGGUCUAGACUGUUUUACUUAGACUCACCAUUAUGUCAAGACUUCAAAUUCCCUUCAUCAGAUAAACCAAGAGGUAACAAUAAUAGUAAUAAUAAUAAUAAUAAUAAUGAUAAGAAGAAUAGUAAUGCUAGAGAUAACGCAGAAGGUGGUAACAGAUUUGUCAAACACUUUGAAAAUAGAAAUAAUAAUACUAAUAAUAAUAAUAAUAAUAAUAGACCCUUUUCACAAAAUAGAAAUAAUAACACUUCAUUCAAGGAUAAUAAUUCUAGAGAUUCUCAAAAAGCUAAUGCUAGCAAAUUUAAUGCUAAUAAUAGAGAACUUGUCAAUCGUAACAACCAUAGAGAUGAUCACUACAGGGGAUUGAGUGAUAGAGAAUUCGAUCAUAAAAGGAAAUAUCUCAAACAACAACGUGAUCGUCAACAACGUGAUCGUCAAUCUCAACAACGACAACAACCUCAGUUUGUAUUUGAAUCUGGUUCAAGACAAGCCAUAAGUGCCUUAAAAUCUUUGAUUGAAAAAGUAGCAGCUUUACAAACCAAUUUCAAAGUAAGAUAUCUUAAUCCAUUUCAAAAUAGAAUUGAUGUUCUUCAUUUAUCCCGAAUUUCAAAUACAUUAGAAUUAGACAAAUAUGGAUUAUCUUUGGUUCAAAAUGAUGGAGAAGAAUUCCCAUUGAUUAAACGAAUUGAUGUGGUAGAUAUGGUUAAAGCCUAUAGUGAUGAAUUAGCUGCUCUUAAAGAAAAAGAAUUAAUAGAAGCUGGAAGUAGAGCAGCUCAAAAGGCAGUUCAAGCUAGAAAUAAAAUUCUUAAGAAAAAAUCAGCCAAGAAAGAAUAUGCUAUUUCAUUUAAUAUCAGUAUUGGAGAUUUAAUAACCCAAAAGAAAAGAGAAAUCAUAAACUUGAUUAAUAAAGGUCAACCAUUCAAUCUUACUUUAGCAUCUAAAACCAGAUUACAUAGAGAUCCUAAUGCAAAAUCCACCACUACAGAAGGAGGCGAAGAAGAAGAAUCUCAAUCUGUUUAUGAUAUAAGACAGUCUCGUGAAUUCAGAGAAGAAGAUGCCUUAGAAGUUGAAUAUGCUAGACGUUCUAUGAUUUAUGAACAAGUGAUUGAAUAUUUAGAUGAAUCUCCAGUUACUUAUACUGCUACAGGAUCAAUGUACAAUAAAUUUAUUAUCUCAGUUACACCUAAAGAAGAAUCAUCAUCAAAUAAUCAAGUUAAAAAAUCAAAGAAAGAUGAUAAUAAUGAAAAGGAUUUAAAAAAGCAAAAGAAAUUAUUAAAGCAAAAGGAAAGAGAACAAGAAAAAAUUCAAUCAUCUAAAUCAGAGGAUGAUUUAGAUGCUUUAUAUCUGAUUAAAAUUGAUCCAUAA